CAAUAAAACAUUUUGGGGGGAAAAUACCUAAACUAGGGCUUUUUUCUACCGGCGAAAUUCACUCAGGCAAUAUGGCGGGGAUCCAAAGAGGCGGCGGCUCCCGGCGCCCGGCAAUGGAAGACGAUUCCAAGCUCGUCUUCGAGACUUCGAAAGGCGUUGAGCCUAUUUUGAGCUUCGACGAGAUGGGUAUAAAGGAAGAUCUCCUCAGAGGAAUCUACAACUACGGCUUCGAAAAGCCUUCCGCUAUUCAGCAGCGCGCGCUUGUGCCGAUCAUCUCCGGUCGUGACGUCAUUGCUCAGGCGCAGUCCGGCACCGGCAAGACUUCCAUGAUCGCGCUCUCUGUUUGCCAGAUUGUCGAUACCAAGUCUUCAGAAGUUCAAGCGUUGAUAUUAUCACCUACGCGGGAGUUAGCUUCCCAGACAGAGAAAGUGAUAUUGGCGAUUGGUGACUAUAUAAAUGUGCAAGCUCAUGCUUGUGUUGGAGGGAAAAGUGUUGGCGAAGAUAUUAGAAAACUAGAGCAUGGAGUUCAAGUGGUGUCGGGCACUCCUGGCAGAGUUUGUGAUAUGAUCAAGAGGAGAACACUACGCACUCGAGCAAUCAAAUUAUUAAUCUUGGAUGAGUCUGAUGAAAUGCUGAGCAGAGGGUUUAAGGAUCAGAUUUAUGAUGUCUACAGAUAUCUUCCACCAGAUCUUCAGGUGGUGUUAAUUUCUGCUACCCUUCCAAAUGAAAUAUUGGAGAUCACAAGCAAAUUCAUGACUGACCCAGUUCGUAUCCUUGUAAAGCGUGAUGAAUUGACUCUUGAGGGCAUUAAACAAUUCUUUGUCGCCGUAGAAAGAGAAGAGUGGAAAUUUGAUACUCUAUGUGAUUUAUAUGAUACCCUUACAAUCACUCAGGCUGUUAUCUUCUGUAACACCAAACGGAAGGUGGAUUGGUUAACAGCAAAAAUGCGUGAGAAUAACUUUACUGUCUCAUCUAUGCACGGAGAUAUGCCACAAAAGGAGCGUGAUGCAAUUAUGGGAGAGUUUAGGUCUGGCCAGACUCGGGUUCUUAUCACAACAGAUGUAUGGGCAAGGGGAUUGGAUGUCCAACAGGUAUCUUUGGUGAUAAAUUAUGAUCUUCCUAACAACCGUGAGCUGUACAUUCACCGCAUUGGGCGAUCUGGGCGUUUUGGAAGAAAGGGUGUUGCCAUAAAUUUUGUCAAAAGUGAUGAUAUCAAAAUCCUAAGAGAUAUUGAACAGUACUACAGUACACAGAUCGACGAGAUGCCAAUGAACGUGGCUGAUUUAAUUUAGCUGGCUGGUUGUGGGUGCAGCUCAUUGGCUCAGCAAAAAGUUGGACGUGCACUAUGCUGGUUUUCGUUUUUCAGCGUCGUGUGAUUGAGUGGAAUUGCUAUAUACGUGGUGUGUUAUUCUGAGUGCUAUUUUGUUUCGAGUCCAGCUUUGUUCGUCACAUGUAGAUCCUCAACUGGAAUUGGUUAUUAGUAUUGCCUUCGUGAAUGCUGCUUCUUUCUUUUCA